AUGGCGAUGCAGCGGAUUGAGAAGGAGUUCAAGGAUAUGACUUCGAAAGAUUCUUUGUACAGCAUCGGUAGAGAGGGGAACGAUUUGUUCAAAUGGAAUGCGAUGAUUCCCGGUCCACAUGGUACACCAUACGCGGGGGGCAUGUUUAGCAUCGAAAUUAUAUUUCCUAAUAAUUAUCCUUUUACAGCACCAAAGUUUAAGUUCAAAACUCGAAUUUAUCAUCCAAAUAUUAAUUCUGAAGGAUCGAUAUGUCUUGACAUUCUUAAAGACAAGUGGAGCCCCCCUCUCACAGUUGAAAAGGUGCUUUUGUCCAUUACUUCCUUAUUGGCGGACCCAAACCCAGAUGAUCCUCUUGAUUCAGAAAUUGGAGCGAUCUGCAAACGUAACAAAUCUCAAUUUGAGCAGACAGCUCGAGAAUGGACUCAGCGAUAUGCUUGA